GCUGCUCAAGGAUGCUGUGUUUACCCAAACCAUGACGGGACAAAGGUUUGGAAAAUGCAUCGCUUUUUGCCUAUUGCCUUGGAGCUGCCUGAGUGUUGCCCAGAGUGGUGCUGCUGGGCCCAGGACUGCUUUGCCCAGUGCAGGACAUGUCAGGAAGGAGCUGCCCAGAGACUCUGACAACGGAACCUACGUGCACAGCAACAUCUCAGUACAGUGCACAGCUCUGCCCACACCACGCCACGGACACUACUACGUGGACAGAGGCUCAGGCGUCUCCUUGGGAUCAGUCAUUGUGUACUGGUGCGAGGAAGGCUAUCAGCUGGUGGGCAGCGAGAGGCUGUCCUGCCUCCACCCAGAGACCACCCCAUCCUGGAGCCACCCUGAGCCCCGCUGUGAGGCCGUCCCGCCGGCCCCGCAGGCGGGCUCCCGCCUGGCCGUCGCCGCCGCGCUGGUGAGCGGAGCCGUCAUCGCGGCGCUGGCCGCCGCCUUCGCCGUCUGCUGCUGGCGGGAGCGGGCGCGGAGGAGCCGCGGCCCGGGGCAGCAGCGGCAGCCUCGGAGGAAGGGCGGACGAUGGCAGCGCGGCCCCUCGGCGGCGGAGAGCGGGCGGAGAGCCCUCGGGAGGCUGAGGCAGCACCACCGCCGCGAUUACCGCCUGCCAGCCCUCUCCAGCUCCGUGCUCCCGGGGGCAUACGCAGGCUGCAGUAACCUGGCUUGCCAAAGGAGUUCAGAAAACCUGCCAAAGCUGCCCCUGGAGAGCUCACACCCCGGAGCACAUCUCCUGCCCCCAUGGGCAGCACGCCCCCCCGCAGCACCCCACCGCCUGCUGCUGCCUGGGGGACCUGACUGCAUCGACCUCACCCGGGGCCUGCCCCCCGGCUGCUACAGAAGCUACGAAGAACACCAGCUCUUGCACAAGUUUGGGAGGCCAGUUUGAAAAUUUAAACUGUCAUUCAAAUCCCCCCCCCUCUUUUUUUUUUUUAUUCUUCAAAGAUCAAUUCCUUGAAGCUCCACACAGCUCAGGAAAGAAUUUCACAAAAGCCAAUUACUGCACCUUAGUUUUCAAAUGGAGAAAAUUGGACACUCCAUGGUGAAAGGUUUUUUUGAUACCAUCCUUUUAUUUUUUCCCAUGUCCAGAAGUGCACAUUUCAAAGAAACGCCUGGGUUACCACCUUCUUAAUUGAUGAUUUGGGUGAGAUGCAUGAAGUUGAGUUAGAACAGCCCCAGUUUAAGUUAGACGGUAAGCACGUGCAGAGUUUCAGGUUUUAAACACAGGAGCCUGAUUUGCUGUUUGGAGUUCUUUUAAAGGCUGAAAGUGAACAGUGAGUGCCAGUUACCAGAACAAGAAAUCUAUGUCAUUAGGUAAGUGCAAUUCAUUGCACUUGAAUGGAGGCUGAGAUUUAAAGUUUUUCCUGUUGUUCAGAACUUGCAACAUCCUCCCCUUGCUGUAGUCAAUCUUGGACUUGCAAGAUGCAAUGACAAGUGGGUAAAGAUAACCAGUCAAGAGGAAAACAUGAAUUUAUCCGUAGUACAAAAGACCUAGCACAUUUAAAACAACCUGGGAUUUUUCAUCGCUUUUCUCCUGCAUUAGAAAUUCACAUCACAUGUAUCAGGACCAACAGCAGUGCCUGUAGAGCUAGCAUAAGUACUGUAGUUUGCAUUCAGAAGGCAACAACACCCAUAAUUCUGUCCAGGAUUUCCUGCGUGGGUGUGCAUAGGGGCACAUCCCAGGCAACCACCCACAGAGGCUGGCCAGCAGACCUGGGCAUAUGUAACAUGCCUGACACAUGCUGGGCACAGCGGGGUUGAGGAACAUGGCCUCACAAGUGCGCAGGGAUGUUCUUCGUAUCUUGGGAGUGACUACUGAAUUAGUCAAAAGGUGCUGGAAGCCUCCAAGUUGCCGGAUGCACAGGGCAGGGAAUAAGAAUGAGCACCCAGAACAUGAACCACAAGCAUCACUACCAUCCAGCACUCAAAGAUACAAACUCAAAAUGUCCUGCUACAAAGGCUGGGAGUUUUAGGCUGCUAACUCUGUUUCCAUCAACUUCUGCAUUAUAUUUAAUUAAGGCUUCUUUGCUUGAACAGAUGUAAGGUAGCACAUUUUUGUGAUAAAUGCAAGACCUACUUAGUAGACCUCCCUGGAAACACUGCUGCUUCUCCCUGGAAAGAGGGCUAGGGACACUUUUUCUAUUUGUAGUAAUAAUAAAGGAAUCUCUCCCCAUUCUA